CAGUUCACGGCGGACUAUUACGGGAUCGUCAUGGGCACGAGUCACGAGGAGCCGAUGAUGCGCUCGAUUCCUGUCGAAUGGGGACUCUUUGGGAAUGGUCCGUGGGACUACAACGUGAAUGCGGCUGCCAUCCACGACUUUUGGGUUGCUGGCGCAAAACGCGCUGCAAAGUUCGAAAACAUGUGGACAGUCGGGAUGAGGGGCAACGGGGAUGAGCCCAUCGUUGGCUCUGGUCCAGUGGACCUUCUGGAGAAGAUCUACGCCGACCAAAAGCAGAUCCUGGCCGACACGCUGAACGGCACGAUCGAGAGCAUCCCGCAAGUCUGGGCUAUGUACAAAGAGGUCGAAGGUUAUUACGAUCAGGGACUCCAGGUGCCGGACUACAUCACUAUUCUGUGGACCGACGAUAACUGGGGAAAUGUGCGGCGAUACCCGCUCCCCUCCGAACGGAACAGAACUGGUGGGGCCGGUGUUUACUAUCAUAUUGACUAUGUUGGAGACCCACGCGACUACAAAUGGAUAGCGAGUUCCCAGAUCUCCAAGAUCUACGAACAAAUGUCCAUCGCCAUCGACCGCCAGGCGACCCAAAUCUG